AGUGAUUUAAGUUAGCAUAGGGCGAUAUAGUAUUUAUUAAUUAUUCUAAAUUAUUCGUAAUAAGUAUCAAGUGAUUGGUUUUCUAAUGUCGUCUACGGUGAUAUUCGUGGGUCUACCUGAGGGAUCGAAGAGUUCAGUUACAAAGGCGUUGUCAGUGACUGAGUCAGCCGGGCUGCUGGAGGUUACGUUUGAGAACUCGGCGGUCAACACUUGCUUGGAUGUUGUUGAACGCGGAGUUCCCAACGCCCCGAAGAGCUGCAUCGCAGAGAUCUUCAGCAGCGACAGCCCCGACGGAAGCCCCGUUAAGAACGGUGGCGGCCGGCCACGCGUACAGCGCGACACACCCACCCGUCCACGGGAUACGCACUCAAGACUUUUUGGACAGGGUAACGCCAAUUCCCCCGCCCCAAUGGUGACGGACACGAUCCGUAGCCACAUCCAGUUCGGCGACGCGGAGGUAAACGGCAGCGCGGCGCACUCGCCCGCCAAGCUCGCCAACGGCAGCGCCAACUCCACACCCAGCCGAGCUACGUACACGCCACCGAAGAGGAAUCCAGUGACCGGCGAUGGGAUCCCAGUGCCGCCGCCGCGCCGGCGCCACCCAGCCGCCGGCCUGCGAGAGGGCAACCCCAUCACCGGCGACGGCUACAAAUCUUUAAACGGCCAGAUUAACACCGUGACGUCAAUUAACGGCAGAAACAACCUGAUCCACAAUCGCGUGCCGCCCGGCGGGUACUCCUCCGGCCUUUGGUAGACCACCUCUCACCACCGACCACGAUUGAUCAUCACUCACCACCAACGAACAUCAACCGCCGAUACGUUCACAUAUCGAAUAAUUGCGGCGAGCGUAUUAAUUUCACGUCUACUAACUUUUAACAAAAUUCCAGCGUCGUCGAAGCACGAACGUCCAUAACCGAAAGGGUAUCUGUCGUUUAUCCUUAGCCUGUCCCAGUAACAUUUCACUCGAUUUAGCAUAGUUUAUAGAUAUUUUUAUAAUAGUAAUAUUUGGAUAGUUGUAACGAGACGAUAGAUUCGUAGUGAGCCUGUCGGACUAAAUCUAAGGACUAUUGUAAUCUUGCACUUGAUAUGUUUACGCGAUGAUACUGCGAGGAGUGAGGAUAUCCUAUCAGCAAUAUACCAAAA